CCUAGAGUUCACAUGAUUCGAAAUGAGAUAGGUAGAACAUAGAGACUGCAACGUGUUCGAAGCGCACCAAAGGUUGAUCUAAUCAAUAUGUACUUGUAUUGUUGUAUCUUAAUUAAUAUAAUAACCUAUUGAAAUUUAUUUUCAAGUUCAGUAGCAAUAAGUGUUCGAAUUUUAAAGCUUUUAUUAGGGUUUAGGCAAUGACCUCGGUCGGCUGAAGCGAUCUAAGAAAAUUGCUGCAAAGUCGAGUGAACUAAUGUAUAGUUCGCUCCUAACUGUAGCAAGCAAAGCUUGAUCGCUGCAUACUUUGCACCUCGCAGUAGAGAACAAGUUUGAUUCAGGCUCAUUUGUACACUUUUUACCCUCAGUUUGCUUAAUCGUUUGAAGCAUUUUUACUCUGGGAGGUUUAGUUUUACGCCAAGUUGUGCCUUAUUUUGGUACGUUUCAGUCUUUGGAAAAUGGAACCAACCACGGAGUCUAAAGUUGGACGAAAGGGCGAAAGAUCAAGUCAAACAGUGGAAACAACAGCAGUUCACGAUUUGGGCUAUGAGUUCACGGUCACUUAGACCGGGAACUGGAGGCGCUCCUCGCUAACUGCCAGACAUCCAGAGCACAAAAGGGAUUCAAAAGGGCUUCACUGGACAAAAGGGCUUCACUGGAGUCACCCUUUUAAUGCCAACAUCAUACCCUUUACCAGGUAAAUAUCUAUCAUAUUGUCACUUGGGGUAUUUCCUCUCAUGUAGAAGAUCCCCCCCUCCUAAAUUAAACACAAUCAUUAGAGGAAGCAUCUAUUAUGGUGUAAUCAAAUUCCAGGUCUUUAAUAUAUCUCUUCACAUCAUAGUAAGAACUUUGCAAAGACUCACCUUUAGCUAAAGCCUUUUUAAUCGUUUCCAAAUUCAAGUUGAAUGACUUGUCUGAACUAUUUGUAAUUAUUUUGUUGUUCAUCAACUUCAUAAUGAAUGGUUGUAAAAAAAAAAAAACUUCAUAAUGAAUGAAAGUUUGGAGAAGGUUUCACAACCAAGAAAAAAGUGGAGCUUUAGAAUCCUUAAUCAGUCUUGCUAAUAUGGGAUCAAUAUCCCCAACAACCCUAAUGGAGUUUCAGAUUCAGGUAUUUGUGCGGCUUUAGCUCUACCUAAGUCAUCUAACAUGGUAGGAAUGUCUGUGUCUACAAAAGAAAUCUCCUUUUCCUUAGCAUGAGGAGGAGAAAUCGUUGGACUACUACCAAUAUCAGCAACAAGUUCUGUCAAGACCUUACUCUCGAUCGUGCGUCCCUAGCUUCUCUAUCUCUGCCACAAACUACUUUAUAAUUCUCUCCUCACGGCAACAAACAACCUUAAUCACUGCUCAUUGUAUUGUGGGAAAUUUUAUACCAUUGUUUUAUUGUGAAAAAAAUAGUAUAUUUUGUAUUUCGAAAAAAAAAAAUCGAUUUUAAACCGGUUUUCUUUGCACAACCGACCUAUCCCAUCCGGUUUAAAAACAUAGAUAGAUAAUGAAGUUAUGGGUAGACCGACUAACGAGUAACGAGCCUAGGACCAUCUGAACAAGCUGGACUCUGGAACUGGAAGCCAAGUUGAAGGGCCUUUCUGUACUUUCCCGCCUUAGAGGCUGGUUCUGGACUUCGGGUUAUCUUUCUCACCUUACCUUAGCCGCAUCAACGAGCCAGAGAAGCUUUGGCUAACGGCCACAAAUGGCCUGCUGCUCAACUGUUAAGUUCACCCCUCUGCAACAAAACCAGCACCUCCUCUUCAUCACUCUUUCUCACUACAAGUUCCCAUGCAGCCGUCCCGAAGCCCAAUUCCGCUGUUCUCCUCAGAUUCACGCUUUCUCCAAAGCCAAGCGCACAACUUCUUUCAAAGCUAAAUCCAGCGCACAAGCAAAUUCGCCCGCCAGAAGCUACGAAACCCGGAGGAGAACAGUGAAUUCGAGAACUACAAAGGGGGGAGAUUCUGGGGUUUCUACUUCGGAGGAUGCCGAGAAAAGGGUAGAGAAUCAUUCUGUGAAAGGACUCGUCAGUUUGUUGCUGGAAAGAACUGACAGCAGACAUGAAAAGGGUAAGAAUGCGAGGAAAUACAAACAAGAUAUCGUUUCAGGGGAUGCGGCUGCGAGGUCUGGUGAUGAGAAUGGAAGUGAGAAGAGGGUAAUAGCUGGUGAGGAAAGCCGAGCGUCUGAAAAUGCUGGAUUGGAUAAGAAGAAGACGAAGAAAACUGAAGGUGAGAAAACAGGGAAAGCGUCUAAUAAGAAGAGCAAGGCCGGUUUCCCUGAUAUUCAGAUGCGGCUCGAGUUCGAUAUGUGCUCGAAGAGAGGAGACGUGAUGCGCGCGAUUGAAUUGUAUGAUUGGGCACAGAGGGAAGGAAUCUCCAUGGGGCAGUAUCAGUAUUCUGUAAUUUUGUAUCUCUGUUCUUCUGCUGCAGUUGGAGUUGUUCAGCCAGCCAAGAGUGGGAAUUCUGGCAGCCGCUCUUCAAAUGCACGCAACUUGUUUGAUGAAAGUCCUGACAGAAGUAUUGAAGAGCCAAGUGAGGUGAAAGGUAAGGGCAGCAAAAGCACUGGCUCCACCGAGCUGGAUGACAGGGAAAAACACUACAAUCGGGGAAUCCAGGUGAGUGAAGAUCUCAGGAAGUAUGCACUUAAGAGGGGAUUGGAGAUCUAUGAAAAGAUGCGUCUCCAGAAUAUCCCAAUGAACGAAUCAACCCUGACUGCUGUGGCUAGAAUGGCUAUGUCGAUGGGCAAUGGAGAUAUGGCCUUUGAUAUGGUGAAGCAGAUGACACAGUUGGGGAUAAACCCUAAACUGAGAUCCUAUGCCCCUGCUCUGUCUUCAUUCUGUGAAAUUGGAGAUGUUGAGAAAGCCUUCUGCGUGGAAAAGCACAUGUUGGAGCAUGGUGUCUCUCCCGAAGCUCCAGAACUCGAGGCAUUGUUGAGAGCAAGUGUGGAAGCUAGCAAAGGUGACAAGGUUUAUUACUUGUUGCAGAAACUCAGAACUACUGUAAGGAGGGUCUCACCUUCCGCUGCUGAUACAAUAGUUAGAUGGUUUGAUAGCGCUGCAGCAUCGAGAGUGGGGAAAAGGAAAUGGAAUGAAGUGGAUAUCAAAGAGGCAGUUGAAAAUGGAGGUGGAGGUUGGCAUGGGCAGGGCUGGUUAGGGAAAGGAAAAUGGAGAGUUUCUUUUACAUCUAUUGGACCAGAUGCAUCUUGUAGAUGUUGUGGGGAGAAGUUGGCCACAAUAGACCUUGAUCCUGUUGAAACAGAGAAUUUUGCUGAGUCAGUUGCUUCAAUUGCUGUAAAGAGAGAUAAAGACUCGAGCUUCAUGAAGUUUAAAAAAUGGCUUGAUUACUAUGGACCUUUUGAAGCAGUGAUCGAUGGAGCUAAUGUUGGACUUUCUAACCAGACUAGAUUCAUGCCUUCCAAAAUAAACGCUGUUUUUAAUGGGAUACGCCAAAAGCUUCCAUCGAAGAAACGACCACUCAUUAUAUUGCACAAUAGGCGCAUCUCUGGACCAAAAAUGGACCAACCAGUUAAUAAGACGCUUGUAGAGAAGUGGAGAAACGCUGAUGCACUCUUUGCAACACCUACAGGAUCCAAUGAUGAUUGGUACUGGUUGUAUGCAGCUAUAAAGUUCAAGUGCUUGUUAGUGACUAAUGACGAGAUGAGAGACCACACUUUCCAACUUCUAGGAAAUGACUUUUUCCCCAAGUGGAAAGAGAGGCAUCAAGUGAGGUUUCGCUUCGAUGAAACUGGUCCAAUCUUCCACAUGCCUCCACCUUACUCCGUUGUAAUUCAGGAAUCGGACAAAGGCCACUGGCAUGUACCUAUUGCGGUGGAUCAAGAUGAGGAAUCAGAAAGAGCAUGGUUGUGCAUUACCCGUCCUAGCUCAUCUCCUGCUGGGCUAGCUUCCAUUGACCACAAGCAUGAAGGAUCAACUAUCCAAACUCGGGAUAGGCCAAGACCAGCAUUAGUCACCAGAAGCAACAGCAAAGAUACACAGCACAACAACCAUAGAGAAGUCCACAAGAAUCUCACGAAGAUCCUGUCAACAUCUGGGUUUCAAGACCAUUCCACUGUUCUAUCACAAAUUGAGACUGCAGAGAAGCUAGGAAACUGUAUAAUCGACUUUCAGAUAUAGCCGGUAAUAGUCACGUAAAAAAGGGAAGAAAACCUCAGGUGGGGAUCACUUCCUCUGGCCUGUGACCAAUCAUUGGAUGGUUGUCAAAUUAUCAUUUCCCACAUAAUAAAACCACAAUUUUGUAUUCACCGAUUUCUCAUUUAUUAUUAGUUCUUGUCGAUCUUCUCUCAUUCCACAACAGACCAUGUGCUGCAACUACCUGAGUUUGAUGCAUUACUUCUGCAGAAAACUGCAGCAUUUGGAGUUAUCUUUGUCACCUUCUUCCAUUUCAUAUUUCUCCCGUGGAAUUCGGGGAAAAUGGAAUCCCUUUAUAUAAUAUUUGCAUGAUAAAUACCAAAAGAAUUUACUGGGAAGUGUGUUUGUUGACUGCCUUGACCAUGUAAUCAAGAUUAACUAUCACUCUAUAAGGAAGAAUAGAUAUUCAGAAUAAGUAACAUGCUGCUUAAUAUCCAUUCAUGUGAAUAUUUGAAAAGCUUGUCUUUCUUUGGGUACAGAUAUCUGUCAGCAAAGCUUACUGACAUGACCUUUUUGUUUCAGUUCUGAAGAAAGCAAAAAGGAAAGGAACAAAAGGUCACGGGUUGGCCAGCCCAAAAACAAAACGAAACAGAAUUUAUUGUUCUCUUGUUAAUAAUUUCUGCGCUAUGAA